UCAUCCAUCUGACUUUUCAAAAGAGCAAGAUGGCGCUUUUCAGGUUUACGGUCGUUUUUCUGGCUUUAACGUGCCUUAUGAUGGACCAAAUGAUGGUGCAUGGUAGAAGCGCCGGGGGCCGGGGACUGGUGUAUGACGACGACGAGUUCACUGAACGUCAAGCAAGAAAGGCUGUCCUUGAGCGUAACAAGCGUUCUUCGUCUGGGUCGUCUGACUCGUCUGACGCAUCUGACUCAGACAGUGUCGAGAUGACAAUGGCACCAACGACAACUGCACAGCCACCCGAUGUUCCAUCUGUAACACUUGCAUGUGAAAAUGCUGUCAAUCCUGUUAUUACGUGUCCAGCUGGCCAAGAAAUACUUAUCGUCGGAGUUACGUAUGGCCGUCUAGAUACGACCACUUGUACUGAUGGUAUCGACCCCAGUCUAACAAGCUCGACCACCUGUUUAUCAACGGAAGCCACCGAUAUCGUCGAAACCCUGUGUAACGGCAUGGUAACUUGUACGGUUCCUACAGGCGAUGGGCCAUCACCUAAUGGCUUAGGCAAUGAUCCAAGUGACGGAAGUUGUGCUGGCGUAUUCAAGUACGUCGAAGUACUCAGCACUUGUACAACAUAGCGCAUAUCACAAUAUGUCUAUAUGCGCUGUAAGAAAGAGUAAGAAGGAAAGGUGGAUAGAAUUACAUAAGAAGAGUGAGAUGUGCUCAACAUACUGCCUCUCGUUAACAUUGGAAAGUAUUUUUGAAAAGAAAUGUUUUAAGACGCGCCUAAAAGUUGUCAACAGUAUCACAGUUUUCUUAGAUUUUCCGGUAAGAGCGAGACCCGUAGAAUUUAGAAUUUAUUUGUGGAAUGGUGAGGAGAGACUUUUGGGAAGAUCUGAGGGUUCUGUUUGGAACAAAUAGGUUAAGUAAUUCCGAUAAAUAAGAAGGACUUAAUCCUUUCAGGCACUUAAAGGUUAAAACAGUUCUUGUACUCAAUUCUAGCGGGGACAAGUAACCAGUGUAGUUUUUUUUCAGAAUAGGGGAGAUUAUGUUCACUUGAACAAGAUCUCGUAACAAGCCGUGCGGCAGAAUUUUGGAUUCUUGGAUUCGAUUCAGUUGCUUUUCAGGUAGAUUGUAGAGAAGAGCAUUACAGUUAUUGAUAUGACACAUUAUAAGAAUAUGAACUAGUCGUUCUGUCAGUUUCUCAGCUAAGUAACACCUAAUUUGUCCUAUUUUAUAUAAAGAGAAGGAGACUGCACGGCAAACCUUACUUACUUGAUCAGUCAGUAAUAAAUGUUUGCCAAAUAUAACACCUACAUUUCGAACGAUUUCUGACGGUUGUAAAACAUGGCCUUCCAGCAAUAUUGCAGGGCAUUCAGUUUGGCGAAAUCGUGAGGAAACAUGAAUUACUUGUGUUUUCUUUUCAUUCAAGAACAAGGAAUUAUUGUAAGACCAUGUUUUAACAUUAUUAAGAUU